AAAAUGGCAGUAGUUUGUUUCUAAACCUUACAGUUUUUCCACUGUUAAAUGUCAAUCGCAAUAGAAAUUCAGCAAUCUAGUGUUAAUGGUUUAUUUUUAAAUGGCUAUAUCAGAUUCUUCAAUCUGAUUUGGUCACUAAAUCUAAAUGUAUGCAUAUAUACGUGAUUCAGAAUAACAGUUUGCUUUAAUAAACAUGUUCUAGUAGUUUAUGUAGGCAAGGGCACCACUUGUCAUACCAAGGAUGUGGUUAGUUUAAAAGAAGAAGUUUUUUCUCUAACACCACAGUCAGCCUGCUUUCAGGAAAGUGUCUGACACUCACAACAGAGCACAUUCACAGUGGUGGCAUAAGCAUAGAUACCUAUCAACAGGCAUCAAGUGAGCAUAAGGCAGAAUCACCAUGAUCAACGAGAGCAACUGCAGUUUUGAGGACGUGGAUGCGCUCAUGCGGCCAUUGGAGUUAGUCAUCUAUGUGCCCAUCUUCUUGCUUGGCAUCGUCUUAAAUGUCAGUGCACUUUGGGUCUUCUGCUUUGUCUUUAAAAAAUGGACUGAAUCCACUAUUUACAUGAUUAACUUGGCUAUAAUGGAUGUGCUCUUGCUACUUCAACUGCCCUUCAAGAUGCAUGCCACAAACAACAAAUGGUUAGCAAACAAGAAACAUCUUUGCUCUUUCCUUGAAAGCCUGUACUUCAUGGCUAUGUAUGGGAGCAUCUACAUCAUCAUGUGCAUAUCUGUGGAUCGGUACCUUGGCAUAUGCCACCCCUUUUACGCCAAGAGCCUACGUUCCAAGAAAAGUGCCCGAAUUGUAUGUUUGGUAAUUUGGGUGUUAGUGAUAGUAGUGACUACUCCAGUUUAUACAUUCCAUGAGGAUAUACAGGAAACUUUUCACUGCUUCCAUGGCUUUUCAAAUAAGGGAUGGAACUUAUGGCUUAUUGUUUGUUUGGAGGUGUUUGGCUUCUUGCUGCCUGCUUUUGUGCUCAUAUGUUGCUCAGUGAAAAGUAUCCGUACCUUGCGUAAUCCAAAGUUCACAUUCACUCCGGGAAGACAAGCUGGUGUCCGGAUAAUUCACAGCAGCCUGUGUGCCUUCUUGGUGCCCUUCACACCAUGCCAUAUUGCGAUCUUUUUCCAAUACCUGGUGCGCAGCUCUACCAUCACUGAGUGUGACGCCCAGCAAAGGAUCUCCCUGUUUUUACAGUUGUCUAUGAGCCUGGCCAACAUAACAUGCUUUCUGGAUGCUAUAUUCUAUUACUUUGUAGCCAAAGAAGUACGGGCGGGUAAGGACACAAUCAGAAUGUCCCUCACUAGGAUUAAAAGUAUGAGUACCUCAGAUGCAUAAGGAAGAAAUUUACCAUUUAUUCAAAACACAUUUACUCAUUCUUAACUUCUCUGUUUUAUUUACUGUAUGCCUCAGAUUUGUAAGAUAGAAAAGAGUUUCUGUUCUGAGUCACUUUAGUAGGCUGUCAAAGGUCGUUCUCACGCGAAGGGAGCGUGCCGAGCUACACAGAGAUUUCAGAAAUGAAAUUUUGCCACGUUUAGGAGGUUUAUCUAGACCAAGUACUUAUAGAACCAUUAUGUUAAACAAAUUUAACUUUUUAAAUAUUGUGUGUCAUAGGGACCUGAGUUCUGUUUAUGUAAAGUAUAAUAUGUAUUUAGCAAUAAAUAUUUAAUUGGAGAAAAGGCUGAUAGUGAAAGAGGACAGCACCUCCAGCCUUCUACAGUUGGGGAAAGAAGUGGGCACAGGCAGCAUGCCUGCCAGUUUCAUUCUGCCUCAGACAUGCUUCUCUUUGUUGCUUCUAUUCACAUGUUUUCUGUACAUAGUAUCCUAUUGAAAAAGCAUUAUUUAAAGGUAAUUAUUGUUAUUUUUUUAAAUGAUUUCUAAUAAUUAUUUUUUUUAACUGUGAUUGCAUUGUAUCUUUUUUAUUCAUGAUCAUUUUGUGGAGUGCAAAAUGUCUUUAAAAUACAGUAUUAAGUAAAGUCAAUACCUAAGUUAUUUUUGGUUUUCUAAAGAACCUGCUAUAACUUUUUUACUACCUUCACAAUAUUUUUUAAUUACUUUUGUUUGCUGGAUAAUAAUAUCUACAUUAUGGUAACAAAUUGUAAGGGUUUUUUAGCUCUCAGCAAAGGUGGCAACAUGUUUUUUUAAAAACCCACUGAUCAAACAUUUAGGGAAGUAAAACCUUAAAAGUAUAUUGGCAUUUAGGUUUUCUUUUGCCAUUUGUUGUGAUGGUGUGACACUGCAUAAAAAUAUAGCAAUGUAUCAAUCUUUUAAUUUUCCAAACAGAGAUUUAAUAUAAAGUCUAUUCCACACAGAGUUACUGUUUGUCUGUAAAAAGUUUGAUUUGAACAGAAUAAAGACCAUAUGAAAAA